AUGACUCAGGCUGUGCAAGUGUUGAAUAGAUAUGGAACGGAUUUUGUUGCGGAAGGGAGGGGUUCAGAUUCGGAGUGUUUAGCUGGUUUUGAAUGUUUUCUGAACAUUGUGAGGGCUUUGGGAAUGGGAUCUUGUAUAUCAGAGGUUGGUGCUGGUGGUUCGCCUCCUCUGUUAACUUAUUCCCAGGAAUUGAACGUCGGCGAUGGUGGGAAGAGGAAGAGGAUAAGGGGUUCAUCUACCAUGGAUUAUAAGGUGCCUGGGAGAAUGUUCUUGAAUGGUUCAAGUGAUGUUGCUUCUAUGUAUUGUAAGCAAGGUAGAAAAGGAGUCAACCAAGAUGCUAUGCUUGUUUGGGAGAACUUUUGUUCAAAGGAAGACACUAUUUUUUGUGGUGUUUUUGAUGGCCAUGGACCUUAUGGCCAUAGGGUUGCAAAAAAAGUUAGGGAUUCUUUCCCUUUAAAGCUUGGUGCACAAUGGGAUUUGCAUCUUAAGAAUGAAAAUGGAUUCAGUAAUCAAAAUGGUGCUGCCACAAGUUAUAAUUCUGAAGAGCAAAUUAGACAGGUCGGUGAGAACUUUGAUCAUGAGCUCGAUGGAUCAAAUACUAUCUUGGCAUUAAGAGAAUCCUUUUUGAAGGCUAGCAAGAUUAUGGACAAAGAACUGAAACUGCAUCGUGAUAUUGAUUGCUUUUGCAGUGGGACUACAGCAGUUACCUUGAUAAAGCAGGGGCUGAAUCUUGUUAUUGCAAAUGUGGGGGAUUCAAGAGCUGUACUGGGAACCCGAGAUCAUGAAGAUUCUCUUAUUGCUGUUCAGUUGACUAUUGACCUUAAGCCUAAUCUUCCAAAGGAAGAAGAGAGGAUUAAGCAUCGUAAAGGAAGGGUGUUUUCCCUUAAGAAUGAACCUGAUGUGGCUCGAGUUUGGCUACCUAAUUCUGAUUUCCCAGGUCUAGCUAUGGCACGGGCUUUUGGAGAUUUUUGCCUAAAGGAUGUUGGAUUGAUUUCUGUUCCAGAUGUCUCAUAUCACCGCCUUACAGAUAAGGAUGAGUUUGUUGUGUUAGCAACAGAUGGGAUUUGGGAUGUUUUAUCAAAUGAAGAAGUUGUGGAGAUUGUAGCAUCUGCACCGCAGUCUACUGCCGCUCGAAUACUGGUUGAGUCGGCUGUUCAUGCUUGGAGGACAAAAUUCCCUUUCUGUAAGGUUGAUGAUUGUGCUGCAGUGUGCCUCUUCCUCAAUUCAGAUUCAGAGUCGAAGGCCGAUGAUGCCACAGACAAGUCGAUGCCAGAUGCAACAACAGACCCAGUUGAUCAAUCAUCUCUACCUAGUGAGAAUGGAAUUGGAGCGGAAGCUGAAAAACUGCAGUGA